CGCCAGACUCCUUGCACGCCGCAUCGUCACCCUUCGCCUCGAUCCCGCUUCCCCCAGCACAUCCGUCCUCGGACCUCGACCGGCCCUCUCCCGUCCCGGCCUUGCUCUCGCCUUUGAAAGCGGCUCACACCUGCUCCUGUCCUCAAGGCUCUCCCUACCCGCCCGCGACGCUUUUCUCCCUCAUCGUCCUCGCACGGCACAUCUUCUAUACGGCAUUUCGCGCACCACCAUGUCGAUCUGGGACGCCCUCCUCGGACGCAAGUCGUCCUCUCAGCAGUCGUCGUCCUCGUCGACAACGACGCCCUCCACACAGACGACCGAGAUCGAGCCGACGUCAUCCACCACCAGCUACAACCCCAGCCCUUUCAGCCCCUCAGAACCCCAAGGCGUCGAUGCCUUCCUCAACAGCUCCGUGUUUGCGGACCCCUCACAGCUGCACCCGCUCGCCGGCCUCGACAGCGACAGCUUAGAGUACCUCACGCUUGAGGACUCUGCCCUCACCGACCUUCCCGGCGCUCACUCUGCCAUUCCGUCUCGUGGCUUCAGCGACGAUCUCUGCUAUGGCACCGGCAUCACAUACCUUACGGCUUUGACCAUUGGUGGUGCGUGGGGUCUGCAGGAAGGCCUGAGGAAGUCUGUUGGUCAACCGCCGAAGCUCCGCCUCAACUCGACCCUAAACUCGAUUACCCGGCGAGGCCCUUUCCUGGGCAACUCGGCUGGCGUUGUCGCCAUCACAUACAACUGCUUCAACUCGGGCAUCGGUUACAUCAGGGGCAAGCACGAUUCAGCCAACACCAUCGCUGCUGGCACAUUGAGUGGCAUGCUGUUCAAGAGCACCCGUGGUCUUCGGCCCAUGCUCAUCUCUGGUGGUGUCGUGGGAUCUGUGGCUGGAGCCUGGGCGAUCGCCAAGAAGGUCAUGGUACCUGACACAGAUGCUUCGCCCAAAGAGCUGCAGCUACAAUAGAUGGCGCAGCCUCGACAAGUGAAAGAGAACAGCUCGGCCGUUCAAGUUUGAAACGAUUUUUCUUUUGAUACCACGAGACGUGCGCCACACCACCAUGUAUACUAUCCGGAUCAGUAGCGACGUCCACGCCACCGAGCGAAAAAUAAUCACGCGGCGAUAUUCCCUCGGUUUUGUUAAGCAUAUAGGCGAGGAUGUACUUGUGUAGAUAUAGAGGGCAUUGGCUAGAGGGCGUGGGUUAUGCGACGAUGGGCAAGUCACGAUCUCUCCUCCAACUGGACAUUGCAUGUACAAUACGGCGAGCAAGCACAUAGAAGUGCAGCCUGCAGUUGCAACUCGGACGGCGUUUGGAAGUUUUGGGAAGGCAGAGGCCAUUGCACCUUCUGACAUGUAGCACAAUAUUGAUUCCAUCUUACAUUG